UUUCCCAUAAGGUCAAAAGAACCACUUGGAACACUCAUUCAGCAUACAGAUUCUGAGCCCCUCCCUGAAGAUCUGAUUCACUAGGCUUGGUGUAAAGCCCUGGAACCCAUAGAUUUAACAGGAGCCCUCCACUGGCGUAUAUUAUGGGAAAUAGUUUGGGAAGUAGUGCUUUACAUGAUUUAUGUCAAGUAAUUAUUACAAUUGCUCUCUGAAGCUGCUACCAUGAUUAUCUCAAUUUUACAGAUGAAGAAACCAGCUCAGAGUAUAAGAUAUGGUAUACCUAAGUCAAAUAGUUAACAAACAGGAGCGCUGCUGACUCUGGCACCCAGGACUGCUUGUCUUCAAAGCCAGGACUCCGACUACUGAAGGCCCAAGACUCUUGGCGGUCUGAAUCUGGGGUCCCAGCUGCCUUGCCAGGAUGGCAGAUAUCUCUCCACUAAUGCAGGUGUCUUAGAAGGGACAGAGGGUCUCACGGAUGGCCCCGCUGCCAGGAGCAGAACUGGUUCAGAGGCCACUGCAGCUCUACCGAUACUUGCUGCGCUGUUGCCAGCAGCUGCCGACCAAGGGCAUCCAGCAGCAUUACAAGCAUGCUGUCAGGCAGAGUUUUCGGGUUCAUUCAGAUGAAGACAACCCUGAGAGAAUCCAGCAGAUUAUUAAAAGAGCCAUUGAAGAUGCUGACUGGAUCAUGAACAAAUAUAAAAAACAAAUCUGAGAGCUCCGAGGGUGAGCCUUCCUGGCCUCUGGAAGUUGAGAGGCCCCUCUUCUGGAGCUCAGCAGCAGCAACUGGUUUGGAAGAUCCAUUGGCCUUGUUGGCUGAAAGCCAGAAAUCAGGGGAGAAGCUGACCUUGCUCCAGAGGCUCCUCUUGCCGUUGCCAUGUUGCCAGCAUCCUUUAUGUUUGCACUUCCAGCCACUUACGAUGUGAAAUUUGGGGAGAAUGUAGUAUUUUUUUGCUUCUUUUGUGUGUUUUUUAUUUUUGUGUUUUUGUUCUUUUACUUUUCUCUGAAAGUGAUUCAUUUAUUCUGGAGAUCUCUUUAUCAUUCUCUGAGUCCCAGAGCAGAUGUCCCCUCAGGUAGCAACCUGUACAGAAGAAAGCACGUGGGUUUUAGAACCAGACAGAUCUGGAUUUGAAUCCCAGAUGCAGUAAGAUGAAGGUGAAGUGCCUCACGCAGGAUGUGGCACAUGACAGUGCCUGAAGGGCUCCCUUCAAGGAAGCCGUCCUGCCCCGCCCCCUCCUCUGCUCCUGCAGCGCCCUGCACAGCUCUGCUCCCCGCACGCACCGCGUCGGGUCUCAGUUAUUUGUUUGCGAGCUUGCCCUGUCCCUGCUUGUAGCCCCUGAGCCCUCACAGUUGUCACACACCCAGCAGUCUGCCAAGGAGCUGCUUUUCCUGACUACUGUCUCUCCAUGCCUAGGGAAGUCAAAGCCCUGGGCCUUGCCUUCAGGGAGUUGACAGUGUCCUUGAAGUGGUGAAGUGCCCACCACAUGAACCAAGGAGAGACGCCAAAGCAGCUGCCAUGGACUCUGGCCUGUCCAAGCCUCUGAGCGCCUGCAAUCUCUUUCCACUGGCCCUUCCCUGCUUUGCUACCAUCAUGGAAGAAUGGAAGGGAGGGGGAGAAGGUGGGUGGGCUCAGGGAGAACGGCCAAAGUGGCCAGAAGAUGCAGAGAGAAGCCCCACUGGGAUCUGAGUAUUCCCCAAGGGCACUCAGCCACAGGAAUGAACUAGUGUUUGUUUGUAUCCUUGCAGUUAUGUGACUUAAAGUGACUCAGAGAUAUCUAUGUGUGUGAGUGUACUCCGCUGGCAAUGAAGUAAAUAUAUCAAUUUGUGGAA